AUGAUUGAGUCGGGUUUGAGUGAGUCUCAUAACGCAUUCGUGACCACAUUCAUGCCUGAUUCCGAUGUGGCUCAAGUGCCCUUCGUGGACCAGUCCGAGCAGUUCGGGAUGCUCGACAACCCGAUUUUGACGAAUAUGUGGCAAUGCAAUGAUACCCAAGAUAGCCCUCUGACUUUAGUUCCCCGCGAAAGAGAUGCAGCUUCCACUCCGUCUCUCCCGAUGCGUAGUUUACCGCGAUGGGUCUCAGGCCAAACCUUUGCCAUGUGGGGUUGUCGUCGUCAACCACCAUGUAUUGAGGAGAAUCUCUACAGAGCUCGGAGUGCAACAGAGGGCGAGACGUCCGAAGGUGGUUUGUAA